ACUUAUACAUAGCCACCUUGACUUACUACUACUUAUACAUAGCCACCUUGACUUUUUAGGAGGGUAUGUGGAAUAAUAUAACAUAUAUUAGAAAUUUAAAUACAGGGUACGAGUAUAAAGGUGCGGUAUAAAUACAGGUCCUGUACGUUAAAAAUAUAUACACAUAUUGGUACAUAUCCUCUUGAUGCACAAACUUCUCGUAGAUAGAAGCGUUAUUCGGACAGACUUAUUGAUCGCAAAACAAUUUGAACUAAUCCACUCAUAAGACACAUACACGAGGAGGUAGACUAUUACCAGAGAAUGGAUCAAGUUAUUCCGGAAUCGCUGCAAUUCACGGCCGAGGAUAUUCCUCAGGCCGUGAUGAUACUACCCACCAUUGACGCGUAUGUGUUAUAUGCGCUCGCAUGUAUUGGGACUUGCAUGGGAAUCCGAAAGGCACAGGAGAAUGGGGUACGCCAUGGCCGACUCUUCUCUGUGAAGUCACCGUACGCAAGCAUGGUGGGAUCAGUACUGUGCUGUGUAUUCGGACAGGUAUCCAUUAGUCUUCUCACGGGAUCGGCGUGUGCCACGUUUCAGCAGGGAGACUGGGCGCUAGGAACACCAAUGGUUGCUUGGUACAUCGUGAACCAUAGCCCGCUGGAUAUGUUUUGGGAGAUAGUCGAUCAUCGCUACGUGUACCAGUUGCUGGGUCUGAUUGUUAACCACAGACGCGUGCGCAACACACUCAUUGGCUUCAACAUUGCCAAGAGUACCUUUUCCGGAUCGUGCCUGUCUUGGAUCAUUGGAGGCUUGCUCUACUCGAGUGGAGGUUCGUACUUUGCAGCCUACGAGAAAGGAAUCCGUGGAGUACACGGAAACAGUGAGCUGCUCAAUCCAGGCCGGUCAACUCGCUCGAGUAUUGUGUUUGGUAUCUUCUACACUCUGUGUGAGCUAGAGGUAUUGGGCUUCACACCGGACGUAGCAAUGGUGCUGUGCGUUUACUACGAGAUGGCUUUCGGUAUUCUAUCCAUUCUCAGUGGGAACAUACUCGAUCCCCUCGAGCCUGUAGUCAAUGCAGUGUGCUUCCUCAUGUGUGGGGAGAUUCAUUGGUUCAACCCCAUUGCACCCGACACCGCUGAUAAGACACAGAAAGCGUCUGCGCCAAAGACAGCGGCUGAUCUAAGCAGCACACGCGCAGUCAACGCCACGGCCGCAAGUGAUGUCCAGGACGAGGACCAGAAAGUCGGACAUGACCGUCAGGGCCGUAAAAAGACACGCGACCAUGAGCCGAUUCACACCCGGUUCUACGACAGACAGCGAAGAAGCGAAAGCUCGCAGCGAGACGUAGAAGGUAGCCUUAGUGCUGGGUCUGCCGAAAUUGACCCCUCUGCAGCUCUAAAUUCCAGUGUGAAAGGCGGUCGAGCAAACAAGAAGGCCAAAAAUCCGGUUUUGGAACCGAUAGCGACUCUAGAGCCACCAAUCAGGACGGCUAUGUCGAAAACGGGAUCAGUAUCGCUGUCACCAGGAGCACCUGCUAGACAACUGAGAAACCGUAAAGGAGCAUCUACCGAGCUCUAGUCCAGAUAAUACUCAGAAUUUAAAAUUACUUUUGUAAAAUUAUGUAUAAUGACUUUCGCAUUUAUGUGAGGAGGAAUUCUAACAAACAUGAUAUCGAC